GCGGCUGCUGGCGCGCGUUCGCAACCUGGCGGCAAACGGUCGCUGGUUGCGGACUUUCCGAGUUGUAGCCAUGAUCCCCAAUAAAAGGUAUGCAGCAGCAUCUCUUAUGAUGGCUUCUUUGCUGCAUCGUGAAAAUCAAGCAGGUGGCAGUUUCAGCAGCAGUAACAGGAUGAUGAGGAAGAAAUUCGGUGCAACUACUCCACCAUUUAUUGACUACCUAAAAGAGAUACUGCGUAGAUACCCUGAUGGGGGCCAAAUUCUGAAGGAACUAAUUCAAAAUGCAGAUGACGCUGAGGCCAAGGAGGUGGUGUUUAUAUUUGAUGAACGACCUUAUGGGACGACAACUGUGUUUAUGAAGGAUCUUAAAAAGUUUCAAGGUCCAGCUCUCAUAGUGUAUAAUGAUUCUGUAUUCUCGGAAGAGGAUUGGCAUAGCAUUCAAACUACAGGAAUCAGUAAAAAGCGUAAUGACCCCAGCAAAGUUGGCCAAUUUGGCCUUGGAUUCAAUACCGUUUAUCACAUCACAGACUUGCCAAGCAUAUUCAGUGGAAAAUAUAUUGGUAUAUUUGACCCACAGGAAAAGCUGUUUGGAGAACAGGAAGCAGGGUAUAUAUGGUCUCUUGAUGACCCAGAGGACAGGAAAGCUCUUGAACACUCCAGAGAUCAGUUCAAGCCAUUCAGAUAUGCUAUGGAAGCGAUUGGGACAAUAACCUGGACAAAUGCAUUAAAAGAGCAUUAUUUCAAGGGAACUUUAUUUAGGUUUCCAUUGAGAACUGAACCUUCAGAAAUAUUAGACAACCUAUAUGACAAAGCUAAGAUCUUUGACCUUUUUGAUUCCUUCCAAGCAGAUAAAGAUAUGAGUCUCUUGUUUCUCAGAAAUGUUACUACAGUCUGUAUUAAGCAUAUUGAUACCAGUGGAAACGUAAAGGUCCUUUUAGAAAUAACUGCUUUGCAGCCUGAGUACAUUCCUUCUUUUAAUCAUAACUUCAAUGUUGAAAGGCAGGAAUUGGUCUCCAAUGUUAAAUCUUCUACCUACAUCAGAGCCAUUUCACAUCGCAUUGCAAUGGAAGAACACCACAAUCACUGGUUAAUAACAAAUUGCACAGGCAACAGAGGCAAAUGGGCUAAGUUAGAUGACCUGGCUGAGAGGUUAAGUUAUACUCCAUAUGUUGGACUGGCUUUUCCAUUGAGUAAAGCAGAAACUACUGAAGCUGACUCAAGAACAGACUUUGAAGGGCGUCUUAGUUUCUUUCUACCACUCCCAAAUAAUGAGGCCAACAAGACUGGAUUGCCUGUCCAUAUAAAUGCCUUCUUUGGACUUUCAGACAACCGUAGGCAUAUCAAGUGGGUUGAAUCAGACCAAAGAUAUGAUGAAGCAGCCAAGUGGAAUGAGCUCCUGAUAGAGAAAAUCUUUCCGUGUGCAUACUGCCAACUUAUCCUGGAUGCCAUUACUCUGGCUCAAACUUCAGUGCUAAAACCCUCAUCAGUAUAUCGUUUAUGGCCAGACUAUGAAAAAAUGAAUCAUAAAGAGCGUUGGGUUAAGAUAACUAAGGAAACCAUCAAACAUUUGCUGGAACUCAAUGUUCUAUGCUUGGCUACCUGUGAAGAAAAGUGGAUAAGAGCUGACAAAGCUAUCUUUUUACAGUGCUAUGACCGGCUUGACAUAAGACAGACAAUAGAGAAUCUUUUGAUAAAAGAGGCCCAACCUUUGGUUAGAGUGCCAAGUCAUGUAUUUAAGACCAUACUAUUCACUUUAGAAAAUCAAAGUUACUUAAAUGUGGUUACUCCAGCAUCUUUACGAAACAUUCUUCAGCAUUGCAAUUUGAACAUUAUCCCACGUGAAGAAAAAUUAAUGCUUCUGGAAUAUGUUCUAAGUGAUGAGCAAUACAGUUCCCUUAACAACCUUCAACUGCUCCCAGUCAGCAGUGAAUCCUUUGUAAAGUUCCAAAUCAGUCCAUCUGAUGACCUUGUAUUUACUGACUCAGCAAAAUUUCCACGAAUUUUACUUCCAGGUCUUGAGAGAAGCUUUCUGCCUGAAGAUCUCAGUGAUACAUUGCAACAACACCUAAAGAAGAUUGCUUAUUAUCAAAUAUUUUCAAAUCUCAUCUGCUUGGAUGUUGGUGCUGUAAAGCAGCAAAUUAGAAAAGCUCUACCAGAUAAUUGGACUAAAAAGCUUGGUCACGUGACAUGGGACAUCACAAAUAACCAGCACCCUCCAGUACACUGGCUUGCACAAUUUUGGGACUUUCUGAAUCAGAAUUGUAAAUCUCUAGAUAAAUUUGAAGGAUUGCCACUUAUACCACUCAGCUCUCUAAAGGAUUCCAUGAACAGCCUCCAGUUAGCACAUUUGUCCAAGAAUAUAACAACCAUAUUUCAAAUGCAAAAUGGUUACAAGUUACCAGAUACAAUUGCCAGUAUAAUCACAAGAGCUGGAGGUAAUGUAGUUCAAAACAGUGAUGAAUUUCUAAAACAUCAGCAAUUAGCUGAGUAUGUGUUUGUACCAAACCCAAAUAAUGUUUUGAAAUUGUUUUUGAACCUGGGUUGUGAUCAAGUAGUAAAAGAGAUUGGUUCUAUGUCGAUUGAAGACAGAAGAUCAUUGAGAGGUUUUCUUGCUGAAGCAUCCAUAUUUGAUGCUGAUGAGAUAGAUAUGUUAUUCAAGUUACCAAUCUUUCAACAAAUGAUGUCUCUUAGGCCUACAAAUAAAGGGCUUAUUACAGCUGGAACACAUGGAGCCCUGAGUAAUGAUGUUUACCCUGAGAUCCCAGAUGACAUGCCUUUACCAGAAACUGUACUUAAGUGUGUUGAUGAGAAGGACAGGAAACUCAUGUUGAUGAAGGGAAAAUUGCUGACAGCGGCAGAUGUAGCAUUACUCAUGUUGAAGGGAGUGGAGACCCAAAAAUAUGAGCCUGAACAAAUCGAAAAGGUGAUGCUCUGGAUUCUAAAAAAUAGUGAGAUACUUUUUAAACAAAAGCCAGAGUUAUUCGACAAGUGCAAAAAUCUUAGGUUUUUGACAUCAAAGGACAGAGUUGUGCAAGCAUCUUCCUUAUUUGAUCCAAACAAUGAGACCUUUCAGCAUUUCUUUCAGCCAGAAUAUCAGCACUUCUUCCCCCCUCCGCUUUAUUGUAAGGAUGAGAAAAUCUUGCUGACAUUGCAAAAGCUUGGGCUAAAAUCAAAAGAAGAUAGUAUUUCACCUGAUGACCUUUUAAAGGUAGCACAAUUGAUAGACAGACAACACAGCCAGGCUAGUGAUAUUGGCAAUAUUUGUAAAAAAGCCGAAGCUUUAAUUAAAGUAUGCAAUACAACCUCGGUUUUGGCCAUUUGUUCUUAUCAAAUUGUGGAACAAUUAUUGUCUUUACAUUGGGUGCCCUGUAGUAGUCUUUCAAAAAUAUCGACAGAAAACAAAAAAAUAAAUAUUGAUUUUAAUAAACCUGAAAAUGUAAGAGAUUCUAAGUUUGCCAACAUUGUUGGGCUGGUUAUGCCACUUACUGACAAGUUUACUGAGAAAGCAAGCAAAAUCCUGGGACUACUAAACCUACCACCAACCCAGAAGGUGAUUGAAAAUCUUCUAUUCAUAAUUGACCAGGUAUGCACCAACAGUAACUCUCAAUCCAACUUCCUAAUGGAUUUGCAAAAUAUCUAUGAAUAUAUGCAGAAGCACUUCAAUCAAUUUAAGGAUCUCUUAUUGGCUAUAGAACAGCCAUGGGUGUGGGAUGGGACUGGGUUUGCAUACCCUCAACAUAUUGUUUUCUCUUAUCCUGAAAAUUUAGAUCUCAGCUAUUAUGUAAAGAGAGUCCCACGGGAAAUAUCCCAGUACAGAGAAUUACUGACUGAGUGUGGAGUUAAAGCGGGCUACAGUGAUGAUGAAGUCAUUCAAAUACUUUAUCGCAUAAGAGAUAGCACAGUUAAACUGAACUCUGGCUAUGGUAGCCCAAGUGAAUUAAAGACUAUCAUUUUCAUACUUGAUUGGAUGCGCAGAAAUAAUCUUUCAUAUAAUAAUGACCUUCCAGUCCCUGUAUGGAAAGGCACCCAAGGUGGAUUUUGCUUGAAACCAUGUUCCAAGGCUGUUUUGUGCGAUUUAGACAAGGGAACACUGGAGGAUAUUAACAAAAAUGAAAACUUUUAUGUUGUUCAUAAAGAAGUAAAUCUGGCAAUAGUUGAAUGGCUGAAUGUGCCUGCCUUAAGUAGCAAAGUUCUGCAUCCUGAAUUAAUUGGAAUAGAGCAAUAUGGACAAGUGGAACCCAUUGUUCUGAGAAUUAAGAACAUUCUGAAAGAAUAUGAUCAAGAAUAUGAUCUCUUCAAAGAGCUGCUUCAAAAUGCUGAAGAUGCUGGUUCAACAGUUUGCAGUUUCCUAGUAGACAUGAGACAAAAUAAAGAUGCACCUGAAAGCCUUAUUGAUCCUGGCAUGGCCUCAUGCCAUGGACCGGCACUUUGGUCAUACAACAAUGAGUGUUUCACUGAUGAUGAUUUUCAUAAUAUAACAAGAAUUGGGACAGGUUCCAAGGAAAACCAAGUUGAAAAGAUUGGUAAAUUUGGACUUGGAUUUAAUUCUGUUUAUCACAUUACUGAUGUCCCAUCAAUCCUCAGCGGAAAAUACUUGCUUAUUUUUGAUCCAAAUGUUACUCAUCUGAGGAAACAUAUCCAUUCUGUAACCAACCCUGGAAUAAAGCUUAAUCUUUAUGAGCAUAAGCAGCUAAUUCAAAGAUUUCCUGGACAGUUUAACCCUUUCAAUGGAAUAUUUGGAUGUAAUUUUAAAAUUGGCACUGGAGAAAAUUUCUAUUAUGAAGGAACUCUCAUUAAGUUGCCCUUCAGGACACCAGAGGAGGCUGCAGUAUCAGGGCUUUCCAACAAGUAUUAUAACCAGAAACACAUCAUGUCCUUGGUGGAUAGUUUCAAGCAAAUGUCAAAAGAUCUUGUCAUAUUCCUAAAGAAUGUGAGAAAAGUUUCACUGAAAUUUAUCAGCGAGCAUUCAACUCAUGAAAAUCAGAUAAUCUCUGUAUUCAAAAUGGAAAGACAAAUACUUAAUAUAAUUGAGAUGGCAGAUAAUUUCCCAAUUAAAAAAAUGCAACAAAAUGCACUGAAUAUAUUGGAAAGCACGAAUAAAUUCUCUAGAAAAAUUAGAACUUUGAGCAUGUCAACUAUUAUACAGUUUACAGAAGAAACUAUAGAUAAUCCUAAUCAUAUAAAAUAUUGGUUGGUUCAUUCAUGUUUUGGAAUGGCAAAAGCCUUACAGAUUGCUUGUAGUAAAACAACAUAUGCUUAUUUUGCACCCCCUCUUGGAAGUGUGGCCAUACCCCUCAAAAAGAAGAAGGAAACUGGACAUUGGAUGCCAAACACUGAAGCACAUGUGGGACAAGUAUUCUGUUUUCUACCUCUUUCUCUUCAAUGUGGUCUUCCUGUUCAUAUUAAUGGAUCUUUUGCAGUCACCUCAAACAGGAAGAAUCUUUGGAACUCUGGGCCAAAGGGAGAUUGGAAUCAAGCCCUUUUGGAAGAUGCAGUUUCUGCAGCUUACAUCACAUCUAUUUCACUCAUGCAGCAAAUGUCACAGAAGGGAGAAUUUGAAAAUUAUGACUAUUACACGUUUUGGCCUAAUGUGAAAAAUGUAGAUAAUCAGUUUAGAGUAAUUGUGGAAAAUUUCUACAGAGCAGUUGCACAUGGUAUCAACGGUGUUACAGUUAAAGCAUUCAGCAACGGAAAAGACUGGUGCCCAAUAAACCAGGCUCGUUUUUUGGAUUCACCAAUUCUCAAAAACAAAAGAGUUGGAGAGUCUGCUGUUACUGAAUUUUCCAAAUUUCUUUCAAAACCCUUUAUUUCAGUUCACUUGCCAGAGUGGGUUAAACAAAGCUUCAUUGCCAGUGGAUGCGGGCAUUCCAUUGAGCAAAACACAUAUAAUUGGGAAUUGUUUUACAAAGAAAUUAUAUUUCAGAACUUAAAUGUUAUAGAUCCCAAAACUAGGAAUAAUUUUAUUAUUUAUGCAAUUGACAUGAGGAAUUCAUCUAUUGAUGAAAUGUUGAAGAUAAAUCCAUGUAUGCCAGCUAGUGCAAAGAAAGAUCUCCAGUAUAUCAAAAAUCUUGUACAUCCAGAAGGCAAGAUUGCCUGUCUUUAUGAUGAAGAAGAUGGACGGUUCCUUGUAGGAACUUCUGAAGAUUUUCUCCAUCCUGAGAGAUUGUUAAGGCUAGAAAUGCUGGGGAUGGUAAAGGACAAAAUUGUUUUUCCUGAAUUACUUGAAAGAGCAGAGGCAAAUAAACAAAUAUGGGAACUUGAUAGGAACAAAGCAUAUCAAAGAGUUCGUCAUAUCUUGGAUUUGCUUAAAGACCUAAAGGAACUCAGUGAUGAUGACCAGCAAAACUUACAGAAUGUGCCAUUUCUUCCUGCUUUGCUUCCACAUUGUCAGGAAAAAAAUGGUCCUGUAAGUACUCUUGUUUUGACAAAAGCAAAAGAUUUGUACAGUUGCAAAUGCCAAUCACUAGUGAAUAUGACAGAAAUGGUUUUAGACAAAGAACUGCUGAAAGGAACCAAACUAUCUACAGAAGCUAUUUCCUUUCUAGGUUUGAACAGACAACCACCUAUUGAGAUAGUGUUGGAACAACUGAAACGUACAUAUGCAUGCAAUAAUCUAGCAACUAGUGAUCUGAAAAGAAUAACUAAAGAAUGUUACAUCUACUUGACUAAACAGUUAAAGGGAGAUCCAGAAUCAAAAAAGGAAAUAUACAGUGCUGCACAAGAAUUUCCCUUUAUUUUAGUUCAUGGACAGUUUGUGCCUGUCACACUGGUUGCUCGUAAGGUUUCAUUUGAUGCUGUUCCAUACCUUUACGAACUUCCCAAAGAAUAUAUAGAAUGUGAGGAAUUGUGGAAAUGCUUAGAGAUUAAGGAGCUAUUCAAACUCCAAGAUUAUAUCUCCGUGCUGAAAAGAAUGUCAGAAAAGUACCAUGGAUCAAGGCUCUCCGAUAGCGAUCUUGCUGUGUGUCUUAGAAUUGUAACAACUGGAUUCAUCGAAGCAUCAGAACAGGAAGACAUCUUGCAGAGUGUUCUCCUGCCCAAUCAGCACUGUAUCCUUCACUCUGCUCAAACGUUACAAUACAAUGACACACCAUGGCUUGUUGUAGGGGAUGAUGUAAAUCUCUGCCAUAAUCAGAUAGCUAGAGAAACAGCUGUCCGCUUUCAUGUUCAGACAACAAAACACAGAGCCAUGAAAAAUCUACAGGUCAAAGAUAUGUCCCUUUGGGCACAGGAAUUCGGCCAGCAGGAAAAACUAACAGUACGUUUAAAAAAUAUCAUCAAAGCCUAUCCAUCCAAGAAAGAUAUACUAAAGGAGUUGAUUCAGAAUGCAGAUGAUGCUGAAGCCACAGAAAUUCAUUUUAUUUGGGAUCCCAGAAAACAUAGCAACACAAAGACCUUUGGCGAGGAAUGGAAUACACUUCAAGGACCUGCACUAUGUGUUUACAAUAACAAGAAGUUUACCGACAAAGAUAUUGAAGGUAUACAACAACUUGGAGAAGGUGGCAAGCGCAACAGUCCAGAGAAAACUGGAAAAUAUGGUCUUGGUUUUAAUUCAGUGUACCAUCUGACAGAUUGUCCCUCUUUUAUGUCAGGUGACAGUAUGUUGUGUAUCUUUGACCCUCAUUUGGUUGUGCUUGCCACAGCAAAGCCACAUUCUCCAGGUGGUAUGUUUAUAGUCAACCAGAAGUUUAAAAACACAUUUGAGGAUGUUUAUACGACCUUUCUCCCAUCUUUCUUCAAUCUUGAAUUGGGUACCAUGUUCCGGUUGCCAUUGAGAACAGCAGAAAUGGCAGAAAAAUCAGAUAUCUCAAAGCAGGCAGUCACUAAGGAUGUAAUUUUAGAAUUGCUAGAGGUAUUGAAAGAAGAUUCUGAUAGUCUCCUUUUGUUUUUGAAUAAUAUCAAGAAAAUUAGUUUUCAUAAAAUAGACAAAAAAACAAGCGAAUUGCAGGAAAUAUUUACUGCAGUAGUAGAAAUGUCACAGGAAAGCACCAGGGAACAAGAACACUUAAAGCAUUAUAUCCAAAAGUGUUCAAGUUCUAAGACUGUAAUUACCAAAAUAGGAUCUCAUCAAGUAAUAUAUGAAAUGGAGAUUCGAUCUUCUAUCAAACAUCCAACCAAAUGGAUUUUGGCAAAUAAGGUGGGUGUCACAAGUGUAGAAGUAACUGAAUCAGUGCACAACUUUUGUUCUAACUUAGGUCAAGUACUUUUGCCCCGGAGUUCCGUUGCAGCUUGUAUUAACUGCAACAGUUUUCAAGGUAAAGUCUUUUGCUUCUUGCCUCUACCUAUAGAGACUGGUCUCCCUGUACACAUCAAUGGAAACUUUGCUGUUGACUUUGCCAGGCGAGACCUUUGGAAACAGGAUGGACAAAGUGGAAAGAUGAAAUGGAACAACUUUUUAAAAUUACAUCUGAUUGCACCUUUAUAUGCAGAUUUACUUGAUUACAUUCGGAAAAGUUUAUCUGGCAGCAAAGUCAGUCCUCUAAAAUUUGACAGUUUGGAAUUAUGCAGAAACGAUAUUGAACCUCAUUACCUAUGGUUCUUCCCUCAUAUUUCUGAAGAAGUUCCUCAGGAAUGGCAAUUAAUGAUAAAUCAAGUUUAUAGAUGCAUAUGUCAGAAGUGCCUUUGUCUGAUUCCUAUAGUCAGACAUGAAAAUAAUCAAUUUCAUUGUGAGAAGAAGAUCGUUAAUAUUUCAUGGUCCAGUUUGACUAAAGAAAAGAGAGCUGAAGUUCCUCACUUUGUAACUGUUCACAUAACUGGAAAACUGAUUGAAAUUUUAGAAGACAUUGGUAUGAAUUUAGUAUUGCAGUCUGACUACAUGACCAAAAUUUUGAAAGGUCUAGAAAGGGCUUGUAUGGAUGCCUUUGUUUUAAACCCAGGCACAGUCAGAAAGUUUCUUCAGAUCCAUCCACUUAACAACCCAGAGCUAACAAAGAGCAGCUAUCCUUUCCUACUCAGUGAAUCCCUGAUUAAAGAUGGGACCAGAUGUGUGGCACUUUUGGACUACUGUCUCUCCGAUGUCAAGGAAGGAAAUUGUAAUAGUAUAAAUAGUUUACCUCUAUUGGUCACACAAGAUAACAUGUUGGGAAAAUUUAAACGUGCCUCUCCAAAAUAUAUUUCUAAAUUUUAUGAUUUAUUUCCGGAGUCCCAGGUGUGUUUUGCAAACUAUGAUGUCAACAAGAAAUAUAAGGACUUCUUAAUUGCAGCUGGCUUUUUAGAAGACUUCACAAUUUCAAGGGCUGAGCAAUUCAUCCGAAUCAAACUUGGGUACAAAUUUCACAUUAACUCCACUGAUCCACACCAAUGGCUGAACUGGACUGAAAAUGAGCAGUUCAUGGAUUGGCUGAAGAAAUUGUGGAAGUAUUUUGAGAGUCAGAUGAAGUGUGAUGAUGAUAAGGAGAACACAGUUGAUAAGCUUAAGUUAUUAUUCUCAGACCUUGCAAUAUUACCUGUGUUAUGUUCAAGUUAUAAUGAUGACCAGCACCUCCUUGCACCUCUGGGAUCAUUAAAUAGUGUUAUCUGUGAAAUGACUCAAACUAAUAUAGCACGAAUUCUGCUAAAGCUUGGAUUUGCUAAAAUUGCUGUGGAUUACUUUUCGUUGAGGGUAAUGUUUAAUUUUAUUAGACCUAAUUCACUCAAAACUGAUGAUAAAAACUCAAUCCUACAACAUCUGCGUCUGACAAAAUUAAACUGGAAUAACUUAAGUGAGUGGGAAAUGGAAACCAUUUUAAGGUUCCUUCAUUCUGGAAUGGAAGCAAGUGAUGAUAAACAUAAGUAUCAGGAACAGCUGAAAACACUCCCACUUUUUGAAAAUAUGGAAGAGACUUUUGAAAGUAUUGAAAUGUACAAUGUGAUUUACAUUCUGAAUACUCAAUUCAGCAAUACUUUUCCACAUUUGUAUAAAUUAGACAGCUCGUGUAUGUUUUUGAAAAAAACAAGGAUAAACACUGAGGUGUCAGAAGAUCUGGGGAUUCAAGUUAUUGAUGAUUUUCAGUUCUUUAUGGAUUACAUCCUUCCUAAUGUUGAACAAAUAUUUAAUGAUCAAAAACUGGACGUCAUACGCCUGUUGUAUAAUAUAAUCUGUUGUUAUCUCACAGCCUAUGAAAAGAAGAAAGAACAAAUUAUGUCUAGUCUCAAAAAUGUAAAACUGAUCAAAGCUAAGAAUGGGAUAUUUCAAAAGGUUUCUUAUUUCUACGAAAACAGUGGACGGUUAUUUAAAAUCAUGAUUCCUACAGAAAAUUUUGUUCCUGAGAAUUUUUUUAAAGAUAUGGGAUGCCACCUUGAUGAUUCUAAUUUGAACAAAUUGCUAAAGGAUCUGGGAUUGAAGUGCUCUGUAUCUUCAGAUGAUUUUAUUGCUUUUGCAUCACAAGUUUCAGAAGAAGUAAAACUGCAUGCUCCUUUGAAAGAAUUAAUUGAGAAAAGUGAUGCUUUAGUCACACACUUGUGUAACAUAGAUGAGGAAAACCUUCAUAAGAAUUUUUAUGAAAAAGUAGCAAAUAUUAAAUUUAUUUAUCCACACAAAGUUCGGGAGAGUUUACGUAGCUUGCAUUCUCCUUAUGCAGAAGGAAGGAAUUUUGUUGCUUUAAAAGAUUCGUUGGUGAAACAACGCGAUGAAGAUGAAGAACUGGUUUGGACCUCUAUGCCCAUACUACCAAAUAAAUGUAGCCAGUCAAGAAAUAAUAUAAAUAAAUUAAAAGCUGUUGGUGCUAUUUAUAAUCCUCCAGAAACUGUAGUCAUUGCAAACCUUAGGAAAAUUUGUUUAGCACCCUGCAAAAAUCAGAGUGUUUUAAAAACCAGAUCAAAAGUGCUUCAGACUGCUUAUGGUUUUCUUCAAAACCAUUCAUUUGAUGUCCAGGCCCUGACAGACCUUCCAAUUGUUCUUGUAGAAGAGGACUCUAAGCUGGUAAAAAUCAACCAGGUGGUGUUCGCUUUACAAAAUUAUCUUGAGUUUCGUCCUUAUUUAUAUCGGCUUCCCCCACUUCUCGCUCCAUACCGUGAGUUUUUCCAGAAGUUGGAUGUUGCUUUGGAGCCAUCAGCUUCCCACCUCACCCAAGUGCUUAGAUCUCUUCAUGAAGAUUCCAGCAAAAUGAUUAGUUUAAAUCAAAACCAAAUGACGACUGUAAAACGAACCCUUUAUUACCUAUUUACACUUCUGGAAUCCAAGGUAGAGGAACGAGUACUUGAAAAGCUAAAGCCCUUGUAUCUCCCAGCAAAUGAUGGCUUUCUGUAUGCAUCAGACACAUUAUGUUUUAAUGACAGGAUUACCACUGGUUCUAGAAGAGAUGCCAAGGCUUUAAAAGGAAAGUUUAAUUUUCUUCUAGAUCUGGGUGAAUGCUACCUAAACCCUGAUCCUUACAAGCAGAUAAAUCUUUUACAAUUUCUACCAGAAGAAGUUCGCCCCAAGAUGCUUUCACAGUUAACAGAGGAAAUACUUAAUGAAUCAGUUCUACGCAUAUGUCCAUAUGGAGAUAAUUGCACAUUCAGAAAUGAUUUUCACAAACUUCUUGUGUCCUCUAGUUUUAGAGUUGGGUUAGUGAGUUUGUUAAAGGGUCAGUGCAGCGGAGAGUUAUCUGUGAGUGACGUUGAGCGUGGCUGUGAAAAUGUCUUUUCCAAAAUACAAAUUAUUUGCUGUGAGAAGCUGGAAACAAUCCUUUGUUUAGGGUCAAAACAACUGAGUAAUACCAGCGUUGAAAAACAAGUGUACACUAGGAUGAACAACAUGGGGAGUGGUGUGGUUUAUCUGGAGCACAGAGAUAAUGUACCAUUCAGCAUGAAAACUGUCAUAAUACAUUCUUUGGCAACAGAAAUUAAUUUACUAUUGAAGAAUGCCUUAAACAAAGAUUCACUAUUAAUCCUGGUGUUGAUGCUCAGCUGUGAAAAUCCACAAGACAUCCAGAACGUAUUAGAAGGGAAAGGCAUCCACACUGGUAACUUAAAAAUUGAGGUUUGUCUGGACCUGCCUAAUCCUGGAGAACCAAUUCCUGAAGAACUGAUUCAUACACUGGAAAUGGAUAUUAUGCAUAAUUUCAGAGUUGGUGAAUAUGUAGCUUAUAAAGGCCCCUCUUCCAAUGACUAUCUGUAUGCCAUUUUUAUUGAACGAUUAAGCACAGACAUGUUUAUCAAAGAUAUUAGGAUGCAAAAAUAUAAAAUAAAAAUAGGUCCAGACUCAUUCAUUGUAGUCAACCAUCUUGAUCUCUAUAAAUUCACUCAACAAAAAGUGCCUGAGGAAGCGUGCCAGAAUCUUGUUGUAUUAGAUAUACCAAAGGACAAACAACAAACAUUUGGCCAGAAAUAUGAGUCUUUUGACAACAUUAAGAAAGAAAUUCAAGAAUAUCUGAAAGAAAUAAGGAAUCUCCCAAAGGAUGAGAGGCAGAAGGCAAUUCGCCGCCUUUACCUGAAGUGGCAUCCAGACAAAAAUCCAAACAACAUUGAAGUGACAACCAAGCUGUGUCACUUCAUCCAAGAAAAGGUUAAGCAGCUAGAUAUAAUCCAAGCUGAGAACGGAAGCAGCUCGUCAGCUUACAAAAGCUCCUUUUCUAGUAAAGAGGAUGAUUUUUCUUCUUUUUUUAACCAAUGGAAUAGUGAAGCGUCAAGGCAUAAGCAAAGCCAAUCACAGCAGAAAAAAAAUCAGUCUGCUAAUGAAUUCUGGUCAUUCCCAAAGAAAAGUCAGUCCAAUCCAGAAGAAGCUCGAAGAUGGUUUAGACAAGCAAAAUGUGAUCUUAGAGCAGCAUCCAAUGACCUGGGAUGCACUAGUCUAGACUGUACUGCCACUGAAUGGCUUUAUUUUAAAAUCCAUCAAGCAGUGGAAAAGGCUUUAAUAGCUGCAGAAUACAUAAAUAGUGGAAAAUGGGUUAGUGACCAUAGCAUUACUUUCCUUGCUAGCCAGGUAUCGAGAUACAGCACAAAACUGUCAGACCUGGAGAACAUAGUGAACAAACUUAAAGAACAUGGGGUAGACAGCAAGAAGACCCAGUAUCCCAACUACCACUCACAGCCCCAUGUCCCAAAUGACCAUUUCAAGGCAGGGCAUGAACAUGAGGUUCUGAAUUUAGCACAAAUGGUAUUGGACAAUAUAGAAGGAUACAUCAUGAGAGAAGAUCGUGCACAAUUGCAGGGAGUGGAGUACCGGAACUCAAAUGUCCUAACAGGUUUCGAGAAUAGAGCUAGUCGGAUAGAACGUGAACCGUGCCUAUGGCAAGAGGUCGGCGGCACCUCUGCCAAGCGCUCAACGCCUUCAGCCAGCCAGGCCCUCAGCUUCAGCCCCAAGGACACCUCGGAUAAGGAACCAGAACACAGUAGCCUUGAAGAUCUGUAA